CCCCUAGCGCCCUCCCCCAGCCCCGGAGACCGAGGCGGGGACCCCGGGAUCGGACGUCCCCGCGCCUCCGGGCACCUGGCUCAGCAGGAGUCCCCCGGGCCGGGGCAGGGCAGGGCCGGCGGCGGCGAGCCCGAGCCCGCCCGGCGCCCAGGCCCCGCCGAGCCCUCGGAACCCACCCAUGGGGCACCGGCUCCCCACGUCCCCUCGCCCGGCCGCGCCCAGCCCGGCGCCCGGAGCCGCGCAGAGGAGGAGCCCGGCGCAGUGACCGAGGAGCCGCUGGAGACUCUGGAAGCCGCGGCGGCGGCGGCGGCGGCGGCGACCAGACAGGCAAGCGGUUCCCCGCGGCUCCAGGCGCUUCCAGGCAGCCCUCCAGGCUGUGCCAGAGGCCCAGCCCGCCAUUCUCAGGCCGAAAACGCACGCCUGGACCGGAGCCACGCAGAGGAGGCCAAGGCUGCCAGCAAGAGGCUGCAGGGCCGGGUCCAGGGCCUCCUGACGCCUGCCCCCCGCUCCGCGCCGCAGACCCGAGCCAUGAUGAAGACCGUGUCCAGCGGGAACUGCACGCUCAGCGUGCCCGCCAAGAACUCGUACCGCAUGGUGGUGCUGGGCGCCUCGCGCGUGGGCAAGAGCUCCAUCGUGUCCCGCUUCCUCAACGGCCGCUUCGAGGACCAGUACACGCCCACCAUCGAGGACUUCCACCGCAAGGUCUACAACAUCCGAGGUGACAUGUACCAGCUGGACAUCCUGGACACGUCCGGCAACCACCCGUUCCCUGCCAUGCGCAGGCUCUCCAUCCUCACAGGUGAUGUCUUCAUCCUGGUGUUCAGCCUGGAUAACCGGGAGUCCUUCGAUGAGGUCAAGCGCCUCCAGAAGCAGAUCCUGGAAGUGAAGUCCUGUCUGAAGAACAAGACCAAGGAGGCGGCCGAGCUGCCCAUGGUCAUCUGUGGCAACAAGAACGACCACAGCGAGCUGUGCCGCCAGGUGCCCAGUACCGAGGCUGAGCUGCUGGUGUCCGGGGAUGAGAACUGCGCCUACUUCGAGGUGUCGGCCAAGAAGAACACCAACGUGGACGAGAUGUUCUACGGGCUCUUCAGCAUGGCCAAGCUGCCCCAUGAGAUGAGCCCGGCCCUGCACCGCAAGAUCUCCGUGCAGUACGGCGACGCCUUCCACCCCAGGCCCUUCUGCAUGCGGCGGGUCAAGGACAUGGGUGCCUAUGGCAUGGUGUCGCCCUUUGCCCGCCGCCCGAGUGUCAACAGUGACCUCAAGUACAUCAAAGCCAAGGUCCUUCGGGAGGGCCAGGCCCGUGAGCGGGACAAAUGCACCAUCCAGUGAGCAGGAGGGACGCGGGGGUGGGGCAUGGGCAGUGCCUUCGCGAGGCGGCCCCAGAUGCCCGCUGCCCGCGUCCUCCCCCACCCUGCCUAACGAGACCCCGACACCCCGACGGCCGUGCAAAGGGCCCUGGCACCAGACUGCGGGACCCCAACCUCUGACCUCUGUAGGUUCUGCCGCCUUCUCGCCACUUCCCCCUGAUUCUGCUUUUCAGAGCCCCCCCUCCCCCGCCCCCUGCCUUCAGCUCCUCCGUGCAGGGCCGGAAACAAGGUUGGGAGACGUCUGGACUCCGAGCCGGAGCUGAGCCGGAGCUGGCCCGUCCUUGGGGUCACACGAAGUGCUGAUGCUGGAGGGGCCAGACUCCCUACCUUGACGGAGCAUCCUGGAACGGUUGGGGGGGACGAGCCCGGAGCCAGGUGGGAGAGGUCUCCACUGUGCUGGACCCGAGCCCCCGCCCCCUCCCCGCCCCGGCGUCCCUGACGACGAGCCCCGGCGGCCAGGUGUUGGAGGGGGCGUGGCCACGCUCCAGGCCACGCCCACCGCGGCACCGCCUCCCUCCGCCUUCUGCCUCGCAGUUUCUUUCCUCCCGUCCGUCCGUCCGUCCGUCCGCCCGCGGGUGUGCUUUGCAGCUCCCGCUGUCCUCGCGUCCCGCUGUCCUCGCGUCGUGCUGUCGUGCCGUAGCUGUAGGAACGGAAAUCCUUGUACUGUAAAGCCUCCCCCGCCUCUUCGGCCAGGCCCCGCCCCGGUUAGACCCGCUGCCUCUGCUGGGCGCAGCCCCCGCCCCCGAUCCCAGCCGACCCCGGCCUGCCUGCAGCAGGACACUGCCCUCCGUUCGGAGCUUCACAGUUUACACUCGCGCAGACGGGGCGGGCAGGCUGGGGCUGCUGCGCCCGGGCCCCCACCCCACCCCACCCCGUGUCACAGAGGAGGCAGCUGAGACUCCGGGGGGCGGGGGUGGCAGGCCGCAGCCCACCCCACCCCACCCGGUUCAGGGCAGAGCUCUGCCUAGAACUACAAGGCCGUCUUCUACUGUGCUCGUUCCUCAAGCAUUAAUUGAGCAUCUGUUGGGUGCUGGGUCCACUGUGUGCUAGGAAACAAAGAGGGUGAGCAGUGCACUUUAUUCCCCCCAGGCCAGGCCUUUCCCCAGCCUCGGCUUGUUCCCUUGGCCUGUUCCCUCACCCGCAUGGCCUGUGCCCACCCCGCCUCCCUGCCCCACUGCCCUGUGGGCUCACCGCUGUUGGGGGGGGGGGUGCAGGAGGGAGCUGAGCCCGGAGAGGUAGGUGGGAAGGCUCCUUGCGGGUCCCUUCCUUGUACCUGGCUCUAGACAGCUGCAUACCAGGUGUGGCACCUGGUGUGGCACCUGUAGACCAAAGGUCUUGUCAGAAGCCCUUAACACAUACAUUUUGUAUCCUAAUCUCCUUUAAAAUAUUGAGAUUUAGGGCUACGAGGAACCUUAGUGAUCAUCUGGUGAAUCUUUCCAAGGCCCAGAGAGGGUGAGUAACUCACUGGCUCCAACCCACACACAGCAAGCCUGUGAGUGGCAGAAACAGGGCUUAGUGUGAAGCUUCCUUAGCCCCCCAGGGAGGUGGGGGGCGCCUUCAGAAACUGGAGGUAUUUUCCCCUGACCCUCUCUCUAGCUCAGUCCUUGGGGGCUCCUGUAACUUCUGUGUACGUCACUCCCGGGUAUGUCCGUGUACAGGUAAACACGAAGAUACACACGUACCCCAACUCCCAUGCCGCAAACUCUGUACCUCUACCCUGGCACUUGCUGCUCCAGGCAGCAACUCUGACCCUGCUUCUGUGCCCUCGUUUGGCCCCAGCCUGAACCCUCUCAGCAGACGGGGUAUCAUGGUCAGGACAGGUGUGUGGCCUGGUCCCACCCCGUGAUGUCCCCACUGCCCCAGAUCUCUGUGUACGCUACCAAUUAAAGUGGGUUUGU